AUGGCCCGACGGUGUGAAUGCAACGUCACCGUCGUCCGAGGACCCGUUCACUCACUCUACUACCCCGUCCGCCUCCCGACCGACCGCCCCGCCAUCCUCGACGACCCGUCACUCUCGUACCGCACCAAGGUCCUCUUUGCCCUCUUUCCGGAAACGCCCCUCAUCGUCACUCUAUUCCCCAAGCGCGCCCGCUCCGGUGUUGCCGCCGCCCUUCUCGCCCUAUGGCCACUCUUCGUCGUCGCCCGCGAGGCCUUCGUGCAGUGGGAAUACCUCACACUUGGCUGGGCCCUCUUGCACGCGGCUCUUCCCAACGACGCUGGAUAUAACGUCCCUUUCAUAGACGUGAUGCGCGUGGGCGCCGUCGGUGGCAUGAUGAUCCAGGUCGUCUCCCUCGGCAUCUUCGUUCUGUUCCCCGUCCUCGUGCGUGUGGCGCUCCGCGUACCACAAUGGCAAGAGCCGCAAGGGCGCGGAAGCGGUCUACAGGGGACGGGGAACAGGCCUAUAGUCAAGUUCAACGUGGUCCAGCACUUAGUCGCCGCCGUAUUCAUGGCGCCCUCGGAGAUGGCGGGCGCGGCGAUGGCGGGAGCUUGGGGCACGCUCAUCCUGAAGCACAGUAUGGUCGACGCGUCCUUCUUGAUGGAUACCACGCACGCCGUCCGUGCCGGCGUCGUUGGGGCCGUCGUACUGUGGGUCCCGCAGGUACUCUGGUACCUGCUGAACGUGUACUUCGUGUGGCGGGACACAAAGAAGGCGGACGCUCAAGCUGCGCACCCGGACAUCGGGGCAAUCGAGAAUGCUAUUCCUCAAUGCACGGAAGCCCGAGCACGGACGCUCUCGACGCAGGCUUCAUCGGAGUGUAUCGCCGUCUUUUUUAAUUCCCUGCUCGCCGCCCCGACGAAGAAGAUCGUCAUGAUCGGCACGUCCACACCACUGACACCUGGCGAAGGCAUGCUCCCGGAGAUUGCGAAAGAGUCCACCACGCCUACGGUCGAGACUCCCAGGCAGUCCGUCCAGGUGCAGGUGCAGGUCGUCGACCGGCGCAGGUCCUCGGACACCGGUGGCUUCCUGCCUCACCUUCGUGCGUGA